AGAGCAUUUUUCAAGGGAGCUACUCCUCUCGAGGACAAUCUUCACAGAACAACAACAUGAACAGCAUUCUGCUGGACCGGCUUAUCUGCUGAAGCUCACUGAACUAAAGAAAAAAAAACCCCGGGCAGAGAGAUUUUCACCACAUAAAUGCUUCCGGAGUCUUCCUCAUCUUUGGAGGACAGUCUAACUCUGAAAAUGUUUGCCAUCAUCGAGCAGUGGGAUGAGGCGUCCGACCAAUACACAGACGUCACCAAGAAGCACUUUAUGCUUUUGCUCGUCAAGUUUGGACUGGAAACAGCUGUGUUUUACUCAUGCAGCCCAAAAAAGUAUACGUACUUUCUAAGCGUCUGCAGCCUGUUCGUUUUGCUGGCUGAUUUUUUUCUUGCAUUGAUAAUGGGAGUCGCCUGGCUUCUCGGCCCAGAGAAGUCAUCGGUGUCAACCUGCUUCCUAUUGGCUACAGCCUCAAAAACAUAUGGAGCUCUGCCACUCCCAAUGUUGAUCCUCGGCUUUGUUGACUACUGCUUGCAUGAUGUCUUUAUGAGCAAUGUCUCAGCAUUAUGGAAAACAUUUAGAAAUGUUAUCUUGUCCUUGGUGGUUUGGGCGGUUGCUAUUUAUAACUCAGUUCACUCCGACUAUGCUGGACUGGUGGAACAGGAUUCUUCGGGGGAGAUAAAGGUGCUUCUCUGUAAAGUGACAGAGUCAACAGUGAUCACAACCUUUGUUUUUGGACUUUUUGUGGCAUGCCUACUGACACUGGUGCCAUUUUGGUUCAGAAUUCCCCAGUGGGUGAGAGAAGUUGACAGGAUGCUUGAAGCUUGGGAGUAUCAGCAGAAAAUGAAGAGCGAUCUGCUCCUCACUUCAACCUGGAAUCCCAACCCCGAAACAAAAACCAGACCGGAGGAAUAUCCAGAGGAGAUCAGCCUGACGAGGCCUCCUCUGUGGUUCAGCAUAACACUUGGCUUUAUAUUGUUCUGGAUGCCAUAUCUUGUGAUGUCUGUCUCUUGCCUAAUCUGUGGAGUUGGCGUACCCACAUACCUCGGAGUAAACCUUCUGUGGUUGGAGUGCUCCAACAGCCUGCUGGUGGGUUUGGUGUUCUGGGCAAAGAGCUACACAAAGGGGCCUUGCAGCAGUCUACCAGAGAACGUGUGCUUAUGGCAGAUUUACUGGCAAUUAAGCAAAGAUAUACAACAGUCUCUGCCGCUUACCACUGUGUUUAAACCACAAUGUGAAAAGAAGAGCAGUUCAUUUCAUGUGUAG